AUGGAUGCAUGUUUGAGUAGGUUACCUUCAGUGAAGGUUUAUAAAGAUUUCGACGUUUUGGGGGGACUGUCGACCGAUGAACCCCUGGCCGCUAUGCUCGUAAAUGAUGUACUGCUGGCAUUGCAGCCAUACUCACAGAGCGAUGGUUGUGCAAAGAAGAUUGGCUAUGCUUGGUACCAUGGAGUAGAAAAAAAGCAAGGGAGAUCAUUGCUCGAUGAUAAGUAUUGCGGUGCAUUAUAUUUUUGGAUAGGGGAACAGGUCUUUAAGGAAUUAAAAGGGCAGAAUAGUCAAUUUCAGAAUGUUAUGGAAAAGGUUUAUAAAGCAUUAAAGUCAUCCUGUUCUAAUAUAACAUAUAAUAAACUGUACAGUAGGAACAAUGAAAGCGAUUUUAAAAAGAGAAAAACCAUCUUUGACUACUGGAACAACCAUGAAACUAUAAAAAAUUACUUAGCGGAAGGCAAAGGCUCCUGUGGGGGAAAAUAUUACAAUUAUCUGGACAAAAUUGGCAAUGACUAUAAUAAUAUGAAUUCACAUUGCGCAAGUCACACAGAUGAUGAGUUCUGUAAAAAAAUUAAUGAUAUAUUUGUUGGUGACAACAACAAUCCAAACGAAGUGAAGUCAAAAUGUUUAUCUAAACAUAAGAACAAUUUUACAUCCUUGUCAGACGUGGCAGAAGAAGGUGAAGAUUCAAAGAAAUUACCUUCAGAACAAGCAUAUGAUCUAUUAGAUGGAGGUCCAUGGUGUAGUGUACUUCAUGGGGUACAGAAGCAGAAUGAGGAGCAAACCAUAAAGGGGGAGCUGGAAAAAAUAUUGAAUGAGUACACGGACAUUCCUAAUAAUAAGAAUGGAGACGUGGCUAAUGAAAUUCUACAAAACUACUGUUACGCAUGUUGGAUGAGGGAACAAUUGGAGUCGAAAUCGCAGCCCGAUAAUGAUACACCUUGUUACUUUUUGUUCUUCUGGAUAUUUAAUGAAAUAAAGGACAAAUUGAAGAGAGUUGGAACUUUUCAUAAAGCCAUGAACGCUAUUUACGCAGUACUGCAGACAUUCUCUUGGAAUGGUAUAAGCAAAAACAGGAAUAAGUGCACUAAUAUAUACCCUCAUAUUAUGGAAUCUUUCUGCCAAGUGCUUAAAAAAUUUUUUGAUUACGAAUAUAACAUUAAAGCUAUAGAGAAGAAACCGGAGUGUAAUAAAUAUUUCAGUUCACAGUACACCAAAGAUCGUGCGAAUGCGGAUGAAGGAUAUAAAUUGUCAUGUAGUCUUUGUAACGAUGGUACGAGUGAAUAUUGUAAUGAAUUUAAAGGGAAAUAUAUAAGCACUGGGAAGUGCACCCCCAUACCGAAACUACCGGCACUGACGUGUCCAGUCAGACCACCUGUAGCAGUCAAACCUGCUACUGCAGCAAAACCCGUUGCUGCUAAACCUGCAGCCACUGGAACUUGCAAUCCAAGUUCCUCGGGGCAUGGUUCUGUUUGCGGAGACAACGUCGUAGAUGGUUUCUACGGUGGAGAAGGAAAGGGAGGAAGUGACGGUGGUGGUAGUCAUAGAAAAGAAGGGGAAGAAGGUGAUGAUGGUGUGGGUGGUAUCGUGCCUGGUGUUUCUGGUGGACUUGCUGCGAUAGGAUUACCAACAAUCAUGCUCCUCUUAUAUAAAUACACUUCCCUACCUCUUUUGCUUCGUAACAAAUUUGGAGAAAGUAACAGUGAAGGAAGAAAAAGAAGGAAAAGGUCAAACCUACAACACGAUAUUGAUGACACAUUAACAGAGUACGGUUCUACGGACUAUUCAAAUUCCGAUCUAACGGACGAUUCUUCUUCUUUAUACACUACUACAACUACCACACGAUCAUCAUCCAACAGAACGAACAGACGAAGGAAGAAUAUUAAUUAUGCAGAACUGACGGUGGAUGAUUUGAAUCUAUUACCCUCACAGAAGAAAUAUGCCGAAUUUAACACAGGAUGGAGGAGUUCUUAUAGCGGAUUCUGUAAUUCGUCUGUAGAUGUGAAACCUAAAAUAAAGAGUACAUUAUCCGCAUAUCAGGGUCAUGAUCAAUAUGCAGAACAAAUUGUAAAUAUCUAUUGUUAUGCGUCCACCAUGGAUAGCAACAAUCCCUAUGGUACAUGGUGUCAAUAUUUUUAUUUUUGGCUAGGACAUUUAUUAAUUAACACAUUAAGAGUUGACUCAUAUGUGAACACUAUGGACAGAAUCUAUGGGGACCUCAAAGGAGUUUUAAAUGGGAAGAAGUGUGCACUUAUGUACAAUAAUAUUAGCAAAGAUAUUUUCCCCCAAGUGAAAAUACAUUUCGACUACGAACAGGACUACCCAACCUUACAAUCCCAAUUAGGAACUGAUGGUAAAAAGUCUUGUAAUGAUGAAUAUAACCAACACUUAGAUGCCAUUAAGGAAGCAUGCAAAAAUGUUACCGCAGAUUGCACAACGGGGACAGGGAAGAAUGCUAGUGGACAAUAUUGUGGCAAGUUCAAUGCAAAGAAAGGGAAUGAUGGAGAUUACUGUAAAAAUGAGAUUCUGCAGAAAUUACACUGUGAGGAAGUAACUGUACCACCAACUGAAGGGGAAACUGUGCAUGUUGUGUUUAGCCAAGGUUCCUCUAUGGGAGGGGGAGAUGGUGGCAGCUCCACCACCAGCACUGGUACAGUUGUUUCUUCCACACUAGGCACCGCAUUAGUAGGACUGCUCGCCAUCACAUUUUUUCUAUAUAAGCUUCAGAAGGAAUUACCUUCAUGGAAGGAGUUUUAUGAUAAGUUCGAAAACGCUACUGAGUACACAUGUAGUUCUAAUGGUAAAUUAGCAGAUUUGGAGAAACCGUUGAGAGAUGCUUUAAGUGGGUAUCCCACAAUUUCUCCCUUAACGGGAAAGAUUGUAAAAGCUUAUUGUUACACGAGUAAGAAGGAAGAAGAAUAUGCGUCCACAGGGGACAAGGCACAAUACAAAGGUGCACCCUGUAAAUUCUUUUACCACUGGAUAGGGGAACAAGUCUUUAGUAGUACAGUGAAAUAUAGUGUAAGGGGCGCUUUAGAUAUAAUUAACGAUAAAUUAAGUAGCAUUGGAAAUGGUCAUGAGUGUAAUUUUAAUUACAAAGAUAUUGAUAAGGACCCUCUCGAAGGGGGAAAGGACCUCUUCGGAAAUAGGAAAAAAGUGUUUGAUCAUUACUAUGACUAUGAAGGUAUAAAACAGUAUUUACGCGGACGUGAAUAUGAUUGUGCAAGGGAAAAAGAAGAGUACAAAGCGGACGUUGAGGAAGCAUGUGAAGAAGUGAAACAAUAUUGCUCAGCUGGAGGGCAAGGUAAGAAUAAUAAUGAUCCAUAUUGUGACGAAUUCACUGACAAGUAUAUACAGUACUGUGAGGAUGAAAAGUUAUCAGAAUUGGAAUGUGAAUCAAAUGCUCUAGUAGUGAGUGUUCAAGUUCAGCAUACCCAUGAUCCUGCUGAGGAGAAGGGCUUUCAGGACAUUCAAGCAGCACCUGCACCAACCUCCUCUGAAGGUAGCAAUACUGCGGCUCCUAUCAUAUCCUCUAUAAUCCCAAUAGUUGGACUCCCUACCAUCCUAUUUUUUUUAUAUAAACAGGACCAGAAUCACUGCAGUGAGGAUAACUUACCCUCCAGAAGAGUAUAUAAAGCAUUUGAACAUAAGAAUGGUGGCAAACAUCAACAUACAUGUACGGAAAUGAGCACCUGGACAACAGAAAUAGAAAGAAUUUUAGAUAAGAAAUUAAGUAAUCAGUGGCAACAUGAAGCAAGAAAAUAUGCAACAGAAAUUGCCCAAGCUUGGUGUUUAAUAUGUACAAUGAAUAAAGAGAAGGAACAACAAUUAUGUACAAAAGUGUGUGACUUUUUUUACUUUUGGUUGGAACGUAUGUUAUCGGGAAAAUUGCGUAGUUUAUCUGCUAAUGUUCAGGAUAUUAUGAAGGAAAUCUACAGCAAAUUGGAGGGAAGCUCCAGCGGCAACCAAUGUACUUAUGAAACUAUGCACAAAACUAUUGGCGAGACACUUCUCCCUCAGAGGAAAAAAGUAUUUGAUUAUUACCACGACUAUAGAAAUAUAUGGAAGGAAUUGAAGGUUUGCACGUCUGAUGAUUCCUCUUGUACAGGGAAAUAUGACACUUACCUAAGUGAAGCUACUACAGCUUAUAGUAUGGUAAGUGCAAAUUGUGGGAAUGGGGAAGAAACAAAUAAUAAUGAUGACUUCUGUAAAAAAUUUAAGGAAAAGUUCGACGGCAAUGGUAAUGAUGGUAAAAUUCCCAAACCAGGGGACUUGAAGUCUAAAGCUAUGGCAGACCAGGAACCUCCAUCCGACGACGAAGGGGACGAGGACGGAGCAAAUCUGGUUAAUUGCUUAACACAGUUGUCUUCAGUAGUUGCUGCAUUACCACAGCAUAAGGAAAUUACAAAGGAAGUAACCUCUACAACUGUAGAAAAUCCAUCAACCUCCACCCCUACAAUUGUUUCUUCCGCCGCUGCAGCAUUAAUAGGAUUACCAACGGCUGCUUUCUUCUUAUAUAAAGUAAAUACAACUGCAAUUACCACUAUUAUAAUCUUCUACCUUCUGGAAUACAUAACGCCUUUUUUGGAGGAGGAGAAAGGAACAACAACAGGAAUAGAAACACCUAUUUUAUAUUCAGAUUGGGUAUAUGAUAUGUUCAAUAAAGGAUGCGGUACGUGCGAUCCUGAUAAUCGCAUGGACUCGUUGGAGACCAAAUUUCGAGAUUCCGAAAAACUGAAGAUAUUAAUGGAUAUAGUUAAAUACGCCUGGUGUUUCGUAUCCAAAAUGAGGGAAACGAAUAUGGAAGAUAAUGAUAUAUGCAACUUUUUUUAUUAUUGGUUGGGGGAUAGGGUAAAGGAGAGCGUGGGGGAAGGGAAUUUUUCAAGUUCCAUGGAUAAUGUGUACGCUGCGCUGAAAGAAGUUCUUGAUGGAAAUGAAUGUAACUGCAAUCCCCUAAAUCAGCAUAGUAAGUGGGAAAUUUUCGAGCAAGAGAAAAAAAAAUUCGACUUGAAGCACAACUAUGAACCAGAACCGACAAAAUUACAGAGUUAUUAUGAUUCUUGCGACAGCCAGUAUCGGCAAGAAGAUGGACGAAAAACUCCCCCUAAUGUUCCUUCUGCUUCUGAUGUGAAGAAACAAUGUGCUAACAGCGGUGGAAGUGAUCCUAAUAGCUCAUAUUGUACCAAAUUCUGGGAGAAAUAUAGCGAUUACUGUAAAAAGGAAGCAUCUUCUGGAUUAUAUACUUCUUUAUUCGAUAUGGUAAAGAAUUCCUUCUUUGGGGACAGUAACAACAUCACAAAUAACAGGAACAGUAACAGUAGAAACAGGGGAAAAAGAUCAAUCAGAUAUGAUUUUGACACUCUAACAUCAACGGACGACACCUCUACUGGACGUUCAACAAUAGGAAUAAUGGCACCCGAUGACGAUGUAAUUCCAUUACCCUCAGAAGAAAUAUACAAAGAAUUCGAUGGAAGGAAUAGGAGUUGUACAGGAGUACGUGAGGGGCCGGAAUGUAACCAGGCAGUGAGAACGAAAGUGUUGAACACCUUAAAGGUGUACGACAGGGAAGUACUAGGGAAAGAUGAAACCUUAGCCAGUGGAAUUGUACAGAACUACUAUUAUGCGUGUAGAAAGGACACAGGCAAUCAGUCCGAUAAUGCACUUUGUUAUUUUUUGUUCUUCUGGAUUGGUGACAAAAUAAAGGACAGAUUGAAGACAAAAGGUACUUUUGGGAAGGGCAUGGACGCUAUUUACGCAGAAUUGGGGAAUUUCCCAUGGGACAAGGGUAUAAGCAAAAAAAGGGUGUGCACUAAUAUAUAUCCUAAUAUUAUGGGAUUUAAAUGUGAAGCGCUUAAAAAUUUUUUUGAUUACAAAUAUAACAUUAAUGCUUUGCGGGAAAAUUCGAAUUGUAAUGGAUAUGUCGGUACUUUAGAGCAAACCGCAAUUAGCGGGAAUGUUCAGAAUAUAUAUUCAUGGUCAUGUGGUAUUUGUACGAGUGAUGACAUUGAGUAUUGUAAAGACUUUAGGCAGAACCACAGCAACUGUAGUACUGAGCCACUACCAAAAUUAACAUGUACUCCACAGGCACCACCGAUACCUCAACUUCCGCAAACAUGCCAAGAUAAAGGACUACCCUCACAGAUGGUAUAUUGCCAGAUCGGCGAAGCGCAGGAGGAGUAUAACGAUAGAGAACAGUGCAGAACGGAAGGAAUAAGAACUGAUCUGGAUAGUAUAUUAACCAGGUAUGGGGUCCUAGGGGAUUAUGGGGAUCAAAUUGUACAUGGCUUCUGUUAUGCAUCUAAAGCAAGGGAACCUCCGAAUCCCAGUAAUGAUUGGUGUUCUUAUUUUUAUUAUUGGCUGCAUAAUUCGUUACACACAAUGAGGGAACCUGAUAAAAACUUCGAAACAAUAAUGAAAGGCAUAUACGAAAAAUUGAAGCAACUGAAAGUUGAUAAGCCAUGUACUAAUUUUUAUGAUGGAGGGAGGGGCCACAUCCCUUGGGACAUUUUCACCCAAAUGAAAAUACUAUUCGAUUAUCAAAAGGAUAAAAGUACUAUAACUGAGGAACCAAAAGGUGAAGGGGGACUUUGUUCUGCAAAACAUGAAACAUACCUACGGACUGUAAAGUGUGCCUAUGAAACUAUACAGAAGAAAUGUGUAGCAGACGGGAGUCAUGAAUGGUGUACUCAAUUUAAACAGUGGUUUUCGGAUUAUCAGAAUCAGCAUGAAUUAAAAUUUGGGUGUACAUUGAAUAAUAAAGGGGAAUGCGCACAGGAAGGAAGUAGUUCUGACUCCACAUUCCAGGCGGAUUCAUUCCAAUCCAAUAGUGAAACCACCAUUAUAUCCUCUGCACUAGGCACCAUAGCAGUAGGCCUUCCUACAAUCGCGUUCCUUUUAUAUAAAGUAAUGACUGAAGAAGGAAUAAUAAUAGAAGUGCAAGGAAACAUAGGAAUAUUCCUUAUGAACGUAUGUAAUGGUGAGUGCAAGGUGGAUCAAUUACCCUCCAGAAAAAUAUAUGCAGCAUUAGGAAAAAAUGGCAAACAUACAUGUACAACUAGCACUUCUAUGACGGCAGAAAUAGAGAAUAUUUUAUGGGACAAAUUGAAGCAUCAGUGGCGACAGCAGUCAUGGAUGUAUGCCCAGAAAAUUGCCAAUGCAUGGUGUUUAUUAUCUACAAUGAAUACAAAGAAGGAACAAUCACCACCUUGUUCAGUAAUUUGUGACUUCUUCUAUUUUUGGUUGGGAGACCAACUGCAUGGAAAAUUGCAAGGAGGACAUAAUGCACUUAAAAGUGCUAUACAAAGCAUCUAUACUAAGUUGAGCGAUGAUGCCAACAACGGUCCAUGUUCUCACAGUUUUUUGCAAAGUACUAUGAGUACAGAAUUUUUAUCUCGUCGAAAAACCAUCUUUGACUAUUAUUACGACUACCGAACCAUAUGGAAGCAAAUAAAAAAUUCCCAAGCGGAGAAGUCUUCUUCUUGCACUAAUGCAUACGACACCUACCUAGUUGGAGCUGAUGGAGCUAAGGGAGUUGGUGGAGCACAAAAUGCUUAUAAUAUGGUAGGAGCAAACUGUGGGACUGAAAAUCAUCAUGACUUCUGCAAAAAAUUUAGAGCGAAGUUCAAAAAGGAUGGUGCUAAGGGAACAAUUCCAGAACCAUCAAAAUUGAAAGAACAAGCGCAGUCUGGAGGGGAUGACCCUCCAUCAGACACAUCAGUCGAAGGGGAGGACGGGAAGAAUGAUCUUAGUUCCUGUUUGGAAGAGCUCUAUUCAGUAGUUGUUGCAUCAUCGAAGGAGACAUCAUCACAUCAUUCAACAUCACUACAGAAGGAGGGUAAUGAUAGUGGUAGUGGUAUCGUACCUGGUGUGGUCACUUCUGCAGUUGGCACCACAUUAGUUGGUCUUCCAUUAGUCACUGCCCUUUUAUAUAAAGUAAUGAGCACUAUAUUUGGAAAAGCGUCUACAACAGUAGGUUCUAUGGAAGAUGAAUCUACUAUAUACAAUAGGAGACCAUUACCCAGAGGAGCAGGGAAUAAUAAUGCACCAAGUCAUCACCGGAAGAAUGUGGCUUAUCAUCGUAUGGGUCUUUAUAACUUUUAUGAAAAAAUGGACUUUGUAGUUUUGUCCCUGUAAAAAAAUAUUAACGGUACGUUAUCCUUCCUAUUCAAAAUGGGAACAUUCGCAUAUGCACACAUUACAUAUUACACGUACAAUAAGCAAGAUUUAGAGGAUGUACGUCCAAGUAGAAUUAUUUAUGGUAGAUUCAAUAACACAUGGGGCCAACGGCAAUAUCGGAAGUGUAGAGAAGGGUUGAAGGGUAGGUUGCAUGUAUACCGUGGUAUGGAGAAUUACAUGGAUAAAAUCGUGGCAGCCUGGUGCUAUGUAUCUAAUAUGGGAGAGGAGGAUACAUUCCAUGGGGAACGUUGCUAUUCCUUAUAUUAUUGGAUGGGAAAAGUACUAUCUGAAAAUUUAGAACAACCCAAUUCAUUCCAAAAUGAUAUGGAUAGCAUUUACCAGGAACUGCAGGAAUCAAUUAGUACUGGUGCAUGCGGUAUUAUAUAUAAGGACAAUGCUGACGCAACACUCUUUAAUCAGAGAAAAGAAGUGUAUGAUUACUUCCGGGAUUAUUCAUCUGUGUUGGCUAAAUUAAAUGACUUCCGUUCCUAUGGAUCCCGUUGUACGGAAAAAUGUUACGAAUAUCUACAGGCUAUUGUUAAGGCUUAUAAUUCACUAAAGGGUGAAUGUAAUGGUAAGGAAGGUGGUUUCUGUAAAGAUUUCAAUAACACAUAUAAAAAAGUCAUUGAAAAGGACCUAUCAAAAUUAACAUGUACUAAAGUGGAGGACGAACACGACGAUGGUGAACCAGGAAUAUUAGGGAAGAAUAAUUUGGAAAGUUUACCCUCAGACCUAUUCUAUUAUAGCAGAUUCAACAGUAAAAGAGGUGAAUGUGAUGAAAAUGAUUCCUGGAGGAAAGUAGAAAGUGAAAUAAAGCGUUAUCAGGGUAUUCAGAAUUAUACCGAAACAAUUGUAAAAGCCUUAUGUAAUAUAUCAAAAAUUGAUGGAAAAUACAUAUUUUAUAAUGAACGCUGCAAUUUUUUCUAUUUUUGGCUGGGGGAUUUAUUAUUUAAGAAUCUGAAGGAGGUCAGUGGAUUCAAAAGGGAUAUGGAACAAAUUUACGAGAAUUUGAGUCCAUUGACUUCUACGAACAAGUGUAAAAAUCUAUACCCUACUAUUGACGGAGCAACCUUCAACCACCGAAAAACCAUAUUUGAUUACUCCCACGACGAACAAACCUUACAAACGCAAUUGAAUACUGCCAAAACUGAUGGGUCUAAAUGUGACAAAGCAUAUUAUGAUCACCUAACGGCCAUUAAAUCAGCAUGUUCUGCUGUAAGUACAUACUGCACAACAGGGGAUAGGCAAGGCAGUGAUGCAUAUUGUGCAGAAUAUGGUACAAAGUAUAAAACAUUCUGUGAAGAUGAGGCCAAACUGAACAAAUUAACAUGUACGAACGUGGAUGAUGAGGACGAACUUGACGAUGGACACAUAUUAGGGGAAAAGCAGUUGGGCCGAGUGAAAUCAGCAUUAAAGUAUUAUGAAGAAUUAGAUGCAGGUUUAGGAAACUGUGGUAAUCAUACUAAUAGUGUCGUCACAAAUAUAGCGAACACCAUAAAGCAAUAUACUAAUAUUGAAAAUGGUGCAAAGGAGAUUGUAAAUGGUUGGUGUUCCGCACAUAAGAAAUGGGAGAAGAGCAGUCCCCCCAAUGAUGAGUAUUGUAAUGUUCUUUAUUAUUGGUUAGGGGAUACAUUAUUGAAAAAGAACACACAUGUCCGUCGUUUAUGGGAAAUUAUGAAGGACAUUUAUCCAAUAUUAAAGGGGUGGAAUUCUAUUGGAGGGUGCACUAACAUAUACCCAAAUAUUGACAGAGACGACUUCAAACGCAGAAAAGAAAUAUUUGAUUAUUUCCAACAGUGUAAAAUUAUGAAAACACAAUUAGAACAGAGCAGAAGGAGCGCUUUGUCUAACAAAAAAGCAAAAUGCGAACAGAGUUAUUAUACUCACUUAGAAGAUGUGAUCAGUAAUCUCACAACUGCAUGCGCUCAAUGUGCAAGCAAUCGUGAUGACCCAUAUUGUUCGAAUGUCCUAAAAAUGUGUGAACAAUGUAACCCAGAACAACUAUCACAAUUGCAAUGUGAGAAAGUAGGACCCAAAACCGAGGAACUUGAUUCCCAAAACCACGAUCAGGACACUGCAGGAUCAUCCUUCUCUACUGAUCCAAACUCCUCUGAAACAAACAUCACUGCUAUUGCAGUUCCUUCUGCAAUUACAUUAAUAGGAGCUCCAUUAGCUGCUUUUAUGUUAUACAGGGUGAACAACAACACCUAUAUUUAUCAUGAUCACGACAACACCAGCACCUGUUAG